AUGUCGGUCGACCUGGAAUGGGACAAACUUGACCAAUCGCUCGCCGCCUCUCUCAUUGAGGUGCUGAACAGGCAGCUCGCGACGACAGCGCGGCCGUCGUUCAUCGGGCCUAUAGAGGUCGCCUCCUUCGACUUCGGCACCGCGAGCCCGGACAUUGAGCUCGUGGACAUGCGCGACGUCUACCGCGACUUCCUCGAGGACGACGAGGAGACGGAUGACGCGGAGAAGGACCCCGUGAAGGAGUCGCAGUGGACUGACGACGACGAUGACUUCGAGUGGGUUUCGAGGAAGGCGGUGCGCGGGAAGGUGCUGGACGAGGAUGUGCCGGCGUAUUACCCACUACAGCCGCAUGGUAUGCGGUAUGGGAGGGGGACGGGGCUGGAUAUGUUCAGCUCCACGCCGUCACUGCGACCGGGGUUGCAUCCUGCCCUUACGAGCUUGGUUGACCUCCGACCGACGUAUCCGUCACCGAGCUUGUACGCGUCUGCACUCUCUGCUGCCCAUCCCAACCUGCAACUCCACUUGCACAUCACUUGGCAUUCUAAUCUUCGUCUCACGCUUACGACAUCCCUGCUCAUCAACUACCCGUCGCCGAUGUUCAUGUCCCUCCCCAUCAAGCUCUCCGUAACAGGAAUCAUCUUCGACGGCGAAGUGGUAGUCGCCUACGAAGGCGAGCGCCGCCGCGUACAUCUCUGCAUCCUCGACCCGCUCGACCCAUACUGCCCUCUCUCCAGUGACCAGACGGACGACGACACGCCCCCGCCCGCGAUGUCGUCCUCCCGAACAGGCAAGCCGCUGCCGAUCGGCCAGCGACUGCUCCCGUCGAUAUACAUCGAGAGCGAGAUUGGCCAGGCUGACAAGCAUGUGCUGAAAAAUGUUACGCGUAUAGAGCGCUUCAUCCAGGACGUCGUCCGGAAGACGGUUGAGGAGGAGUUGGUGUUCCCGAACUUCCAUACGCUGGUCCUGGCGGAUCCAGCGGCGCAGUCAUAG